UAUCGUCCACCUAUCGCCACCGCGAUCCAAUGGGUAUAAAAGAGGGCUACUUCGAUGUUUCGAGCAUCAAUCGAUCGUCAACGGUCUUCCAAGCUCUUCCAAGCUUCUCAUCUACUCCACCAAACUACAACAUGAAGUGCAUCGCAGUUGUCGCUCUGCUCGCUCUGGUCAGCGUAGCCCUGGCGAAACCUUUGGAAACGGAAUCGUUGGAACCGGUAAAAGCUGAAUCUGCUGUGUUGGCCGAAGCUGAAAACACAGCGAGGGACAAGAGAGGAUUGUUGGUGGGUGCGGCUUACACCGCUCCCGUAGCCUACAGCGCCUACACCGCUCCGGUUGCCUACACCUCUGCUGCCCUCGCCUACCCUUACUCGGCCUACUCCGCCUACCCCUACUACGCUGCUGCUUACACCGCACCCUACUACGUCAUCUAAACGUCAUCCCUUCAUUCGGACAGGAUAUUUCAACGACCGGACUACCACCACCCACCCAACUAACUAAACGCCACGACGACUGCACCCCGAUCUCGACAGCUCCUCUACGAGAGCUCUCCAGACUCGAUAUCGAGAUGCACGAAUAACACCGUCCAAGGAUAACAGCAUCGUUCCACUCGGAGCGGUGCCGACCGAUUUACUAACAAUUACAUGAUAACGUUAUUAUAUAGGUAUGUGCUGUGUAGAAUAGAAUAAAGCAUGUAAUAAACUUGGUUGCAAGCUAUAAAACUA